UUUCGAGAUCAGACAUAUCACAAUGCGGUUCCUAUACGUUCUUGUCUUCGGUGUGCUCUUGUGCCUUGUCCAGGCUCAGGAUGACACCACCACCACCGAAGCCUCCUCCGAAACCACCACCACCACCGCCGCCUCCUCCGAAACCACCACCGUCGCCUCCUCCGCCGCCGCCACCACCCCCGCCGCCUCCUCCUCCGACACCACCACCAAAGCCUCCUCCUCCACCAAGUCCCCUUCGUCGGCGGAGGCCAAGAGGCGCAGACGAGCCCGCCGCCGUCGCCUGGCUCGGCAGCGCCAGCGCCGCGAGCGCAUGAGGCAGCGCAGGACUCAGAGGCUGCGCCUGCAACUGGAGAACCAGCGCCGUCUGAUCAACCAGCUGCGCGGAUAGGUGAAGCUGGUGCAGAUGCCUUGGGAAUUAAAGCAAUAUAUAUUUUUUUUUUCCUUGGGUUCUUUAAUGGAAAAACCAGCAUGCAACAAACAAUAGGGCUACAAGUAUAACAAAACAUGAAUUUAAGUCAAGAGCCAUUCAACAUGGAAAGCCUACCUUUUCACCAUCGUACAUGAGUUUAUGUUAAAGAACAAUAAAGCAAUGUCGACCUUA